AAAACCAAUACUUUCCCCGUCUUCAUAGGCACAAAUAUCACAGCCAUGGAAGCCGUUGGAGGAGGUGCGAGAAAUAUGGGGUCGUCGGCUCCAUUGAAGCCCCACUCGAAGUUCACGGUGUACGAGAACCCUGCAUUCUCUGCUGCUCUUACUGCCAAUAGUCUUCAGCCUUCCAAAUCCACUCUCGUCUGCAUCUUUUCCUUCUCCUCCGCCUCAGCUUUGGCUCUCCUCGCCAUCUUCUCCGGGGAACAUGGGUUCAUCGACAAUUUGAAGCUUAAAACUGAUUCCAAGGAGACAGCGUAUUUAUUUGUCAAAGCAAUGCAGGGUUUCUUGGGCAUAGUGUUUUUGGGAACUAUAAUUGCACUCUUCAAAGCCAUCUCAUUGCGUCGAGCGAAAAAUAGUGUCAGUGCAUUCAUAUCUCCCUCUAAAGAAACUAAGGAUCAACUACACCUUACAAAUCGUCAACUAGGGCUUUUGGGUAUAAAGCCAAAGUCUGAACAAGUUGUAUUUGAAUCUUCGAAGAAGCCACCCAAAUCCAAGCCCCACUCAGCGUCUUCUCCUUCAGAUGUUCUUGUUCCACUUCAUCAGCCAAUAAACAGUUCAAACCGUUCAUCUAGAAUCAAUACUGGGAAGUCCACCUCCAGCGGUGGAAACAAGAUGCAUUCUAUCGGCAGCCCUUCCAAAUCACCAAAUUCUUCGUCUUCUUUGUAUCUAGUCCCAGGAUCUGCUUCACCUCUGUCUUCUGUGCACAAUUCACCAGGGCUGGAUUCUGUAAUAAAUACCCCUUGGUCAAGUAAGCGAACCUCUGCAAGAGAUGUAACUUCAGAAGAGAAGCUAGAACAGUUUUUGGCAGAAGUAGAUGAGAAAAUUACUGAAUCAGCUGCGAAAUUGACAACUCCACCCCCCACCAUCAGAGGCUUUGGUGUUACCAGUCCUAACACCAUCACCACUUCAGCUAAUACAUCUGGAACUACAAGGAGUACACCAUUGAGGCCUGUGAGGAUGUCUCCAGGUUCUCAGAAAUUCAACACUCCACCUAAGAAAGGAGAGGGAGAGUUACCUCCACCUAUGUCCAUGGAAGAAUCUAUUAAUGCAUUUGAGCAUUUGGGCGUUUAUCCUCAAAUUGAGCAAUGGCGUGACCGCCUUAGGCAAUGGUUCUCUUCAAUUUUGCUUAAUCCUCUAUUUAACAAGAUCAAAACAAGUCAUAUUCAGGUAAUGCAAGCAGCAGCUAAACUUGGCAUAUCAAUCACAGUUAGUGAACUUGGAAGUGAUUUACCUACUAGUGGAACAGCUACUGUGUCCUCAGUUGAUCGGACUAAGGAAUGGCAACCGACUUUAACCCUUGAUGAAGAUGGACUUUUGCAUCAGUUACGAGCUUCUCUUCUCCAGGCUCUUGAUGCUUCCACACCCAAAUUGCAUCAAGCCAACCUGCAACAGUCCCCUCAGCAGAAUCCCAUGGUCCCUCUAAUGCAGGAAUGUGUGGAUGCCAUCUCUGAACACCAAAGGCUUCGAGCACUGAUUAAAGGAGAAUGGGUUAAAGGUUUGCUACCCCAAAGCAGUGUUCGGGCAGAAUAUACAGUAAGAAGGAUACGAGAGCUUGCUGAAGGAACCUGCUUGAAGAAUUAUGAGUACCUUGGAACUGGAGAGAUUUUUGAUAAAAAGAACAAGAACUGGAGUUCAGAGCUUCCAACUGAUUCACACUUGCUCCUGUAUUUGUUUUGUGCUUUUUUAGAGCACCCAAAAUGGAUGUUACAUGUAGAUCCCACAUCUUAUGCUGGAGGCCAGUCUAGCAAAAAUCCAUUAUUCUUGGGAGUUCUACCCCCAAGAGAAAGGUUUCCUGAAAAGUACGUAGCGGUUAUUUCUGCUGUGCCUUCUACUCUUCAUGUAGGUGCUUGUGUUUUGGUUGUUGGAAGACAGAGUCCCCCGAUUUUUGCCUUGUACUGGGAUAAGAAGUUGCAGUUUUCCCUUCAGGGAAGAACUGCAUUAUGGGAUUCCAUCUCAUUGCUAUGCCACAGGAUUAAUGUUAGCUAUGGAGGCAUAGUCCGGGGCAUGCACCUCGGUUCUUCAGCUUUGAGCAUCCUCCCUGUUCUGGAUUCAGAAACCGAAGAGUGAGAAUGUUGUUGUUUGUCACAAUUUGUUAUUACUCCAGACAUCUGCAACAAAGACUUCAUGACCAGCGGCUCAUCGAAGUGUCUUUUUCCGAACUUUCUAGACCAAGAGAAUAGUCUAUAUGACAUUGAAGUGCUGGUCAAAAUUUUUGCUUUCUAGCCUUCUUACAUGGAUGCCCCAUUAAGUCCUCAAGGGCAUGUAAAACUUGCAAUGUUGCAGUGCCUCAAUUAUUACAUUCCUCAAAUUGAAUCACUGGGAUGGUAGAGAUUUAAAUCUUGUUGAAGUAGACUAGAACUGGUUAGGAUGCCCCUGUAUGGAAGCACUGGUAACAUUUUACUUGCUGCAAAUAGUCGGCGUUCCUUUGAAUAGUUUACUUAGGCCUUGUAGUCUGUAGGCAGGAUUAGUGAUCACUCAACGCUAAUGAUCGUUUUUUAUUUUUAUUUAUUUUGGUGAAUGCUAAUGAUUCUUCUUAGUCAUAAAAAUAAAUAAAGAAAUACAAAUGAAUUUUGGGAGUAGCCGGUCCAAGAGAACUGGUCUUGUGCCAAAUUCGUUAUGUUA